AUGAACGCCUCGCUUUCUUAUGAUCCUGAUUUAGGAACUAGAAAUAAUUCAGGAAUGAACUUUACCUGGCGUUUCGGCCAGAUUAAAGGAAAUAAUUAUUCAUUACCGCUGCCUGGCCUAAGUGGUAUAUCCGUUCAAUACUUCGCGGAGAAAGGUUUCGGACCGGUCGUCAUCUUUGCCAAGAAACCCCUCUACCUAAAUCAGACCUACAUUGCAAAGUUGUUCGUCACCAAAGACUAUCGAACAUCAAGUGUGUUUCAAGUUAUUAGAUUGCAGAAUGGAGAACCACCUAAAGUUUCGCUAAGGUACACUUUUAGACAGUCCUUAUUUUUUUGUUGUGCCCGUAACUCUAUCUGCCACUGAUUAUCAAUAAGCCGUGCAGUAGAAAUGUCCUACUUGACGCAGUAAAUGUGAGUGAUGAAAAUGGUGGAGAAAACAUGCAUUUGCAUGCAUAUGUAUGCAAAUUUAAGUUGAGGGAAGGUCUAUAAUAUUUAUUGCCAAGGAAUGCGUGGUUCAGCCUCUUUUUCUCGGACACUCAGGGGCAUAUUCAGUGGGUGGAGAGAAGAAGAGCGCAACGUUCCAAAGAUUCAUUCGCGCCAAUUAUCCUACCCCUGUUGACUGUUUCAGGGUCUCCGUGGAUAUUUUAAUCUAACUACGGGCAACUAUAGUAAAAUCUGGCGCGAAAGCUAGUCUCACUUUGUAAUAACAACUCAGUGAUAAAAAUAAAAAAUUAGUCCGGCAAAUCUCACUAUUCGCACUAUUUUUAUGGAGUCAAUCCAGUCUCGAGAUAGUCUAUCACACCCACUGUUGUAUCAGCGCAAUACCAACUCACAAGUGUAAACUAUUGUGACAAAGAUAAUUAACAUGCCCUACAAUGUGUGUAUUUCUUUUUAUAUUUAGCUGUCUUCUAAAUUGUGGAGUUCAAAAAAGUCCGUCAGUUAGGUUGAGUAUCAAGUCACAAUGCCAAGGUUCUCAGUGCUCCAAAAUAUUCUCCUACGAAUGGACGCUCUAUGGAAGAAACAAGUCCGCCUCAAAUACUGAUCCAAUAUGGCGAAAGGUGAAUAUAUUGCAAAGCAUUACAACUACGCCGCUAAACUCAAGUGACAUUGUCAUAAAAGAAAACUCGUUGGAUGGGAGAAAGAACUAUCGAUUGGUGUUAUUUGUCAGGACUAAAGACGGUAUUGAAGGAUUAAGUGCUUAUGACAUUGUUACUGCUACGCCACCUUCAGGAGGGAGGUGCGUGAUCAUUCCGUCCAGCGGCAUCUCGUUUGAGACUGAUUUCAACCUGAGCUGCAGCGACUGGGUAGGUGACGGUACCCCUCUGACGUAUCAGUUUCAAUUUCGACUGGACAACGGUCUGUACAGUAUGGUAUACUACGGAGUAAACAACAGCGUUAUUUCAUGGCUACCCCCUGGAAACCGAUCACAUAACUACACAGUCGAGAUUCUUGCUACUGUAACUAACAGUUAUGGAGCUUCAGCACCGACUGUUAAUAUUUCUGUUCGGGUGAGUUCAUAGCUUGUUUCCUUUAGACAGUUAAGUCCUGGGUUGUGUUGUUCACAGUCUCGUUAACCCUAAUCCUGAACAAAAAGGUUUCAGGUAGUUAUGUUUACAAACCCUAGGUCUGACUUAAUUGAAUUUCAAACAACUUGAUCCUGUUUAUUUCCUAAUAAAGAUCAAGUACCAGUCAAAAUCUGCCUGGGAACCGCUAAUAAUCACACUGCACACCGUUCACGGUAAAGUCAGCGGUAUUUUAAAGAAGCCCACAACUACAUCACCCCGGGAGUCAUAGAAAGUUCUUGCGGUCUAGCUAGGCCACAUCAACAGGGGUCUUUUUUGCAUGAGCAUGCGCGACCGCUGACUUGUCAAAGAGCACGCGACCAGUGACAGCGAACGUGCUGCAUGGUUAUAGGAACCAAAUUGUUCACUUUGAAAGCUUGCUUGAGAUUGAAAUGGUAGCAGGAACUUAGGAAAGACCUUCGUUGUACAAAAUAAGUAAAGAUCUGUUGAUUUAAAGUGGAGACUGAUGCGCUGAACGAGGUGAAAGAGCAAGUUUCUCAAGGAUGUCUGACACGAACAUGGCUGCUUGUUGUUGUUUGGCGCUCGACUCGUGUCUUGAUUCCCCUUUAAGAACCACAAAGUUUGGCAUAGAGGGCAUUGCUGAUGCGUAGCUACUGAGCAAAUUGUUCUUUAUUUAGUGUUUGUCUAUAAAUCGGAUGUAAAUCAGUUUCUCGAUGCCGUAGAGGAUUUCUGUCAAUUAUUUGUUAAUAGCUGAUUUAGCCAUAUUUCGGGGGUGGAUUAAUAACGAUCAGCGGGCGACUACCACGCCGUUUUCAGUUGGAAUAGAAAGUUUUUGCCUUAAGUAUUUUAGCGAUACAAAGUUUGUUUAUAGGAAAAUUGUAGAACUUCUUGUUUUUGCGUGGACUAACAUUGUAACGCAUCUUUUACAGGAAUUUGCUUUUAGCCAGAACUUAAAUGUUCUAAUGAUUUUUAACUUUUGGUCGGCAUCACAUGUUUACUGUACUUCUUGGGAAACCUAACCGUUUGUUUCAUCAAAAUCGGUCACAAGAUUGGACUUUAAUUUCAGUCCUAUUGAAUGCAGUUUGGACUGUGUCUCAUUGAUAUUCAUUUUUUUUUAUUGUUCGAGACAUACAGAGUGACUACCACCAACAUCUCACCAGGUGACUAAUCUACGUCUCGUGUGCUCUUAAUUUUGUAGCUUUAAAGUGCUGGGAAAAUUGUAGAACAUAUAUUAAUUCACUGCUGAACUGAACAUCGGCUUUCGCGCACUUCGAACCACUCGCUGAAAUUUGCUAUGUUUUUUUUUUUAAUAUUUCUCUACCUUUCUGAUUUCAAAACAAAAAAAAUUGAAAGUGUUUACUUGCAUCAACAAUCGUUUCUGCACUUCGUUUAGACUUUGAUGAGGUCAGCGCAAUCCUCCAGGCACUACGUAUACGCGCGCUGAUGUCCAGGUCAAGUGGGGAGAUGAAAUUUGAUAGUGGAUCGUGUAUGUUAAAGCCGGUCUACUUCGCUUUUGUUAAGACCAUGUUAGAGUUUUUUUUUUUUGCAAACUACACAUUUUGUUAAAUCACGAGCACAUUCGCCAAGACCAAUGAGCAAAAUAAUCGAUAUGGUAGCUUUGAGACGCGCCAUUUUGAUGAAGGCAAACCCUGUGGUGAGCCUCCAUGCAAAUCUCUUGCUCAGCGGUCGCGCAUGCUCAUGCAAAAAAGACCCCUGUUGGCCACAUCAUUAUAACUUAUUAUUAUAGCCUGCGCAUGCGCGUCUGACUCAUCCCAUGUAAGGUAAUCCAAGAGUGUCUUUUUUUUUGGAUUCCACUCUAUGGAUUCCGGAUUCCACGUAAUGAAUUCCAGAUUCUUUGUCAGUGGGACUUGGAAUCGGAUUUCAAUCGUUGAUGGAAUUUCGGGCUGCUUAAGCUGUAUUCCGCCCGGCUCGCUUCGCUCGCCAACCUUUGGUGCCGUUUCACUCCUUUAUCAAUUUUUCUCCUCAGGGGAGCCUGGUCCCAGGCUAAGGAUUCCGGAUUCCUUGAGGAAAACAAAAAUCAUGGAAUCCGGAUUCCCUUACAUGUGGCGAUCCGACCGUCUGUCAUACUAUACAUUUUCAAUAUCGAUGUUUGACACUGGGAGUAAAACUGAGACAAAAUAAAAUGUUAAGGCAUUUGUGGGCCAUGGAAAGAAAUAAGAACAAGCUUUUCCUAAUUACUCAGCAAAGUCGUGUAAGCUGGAAAGUGACUCUGGACCGUGAAUAGGGUCCUCGAGCACAGGCGCAAUUGCGUGGUGUGGAGAAGGCAAAGCAUGCGGGAGGCUCUCCCUCUCCUUCCUCCCCCCCCCCCCCCCCCCCCACCCCCCCUCCCCCUCCCCUUUUCAUGCCCUUCCACCCCUUCCCCUCCAUCCUCUUCUCCCUUCACACCUCCAUUCCCGUUUACUCCUUUUGUUGUUUUGUUUUUUUUCUCUUUUCUAAUAUCGAUCCCUACUCUGCAUCGCCCCGCAUACACACUUAUGGAUGAACUUUUUAUUAACUUUGUUAUAGUAGAUUUAUAAGCCUUUCCUAAUUCCGCAACAAAGGCUGGUAAGCUGGAAAGUGGCUGUGGACCGUGAAUAGGGUCCUCGAGCACAGGCGCAAUUGCGGGGUGGGGGGAAGGCAAAGCUUGCGGGGGGCUCUCCCCCUCCUUCCUCCCCCCCCCCCCGCCCCUUUUGCCUGUUUGCUUUUACGCAGUCACGCCUUCUCCUCCUAUCCCAGGUAACUAGAAACCUUUCAACAGGUUAAGGCCUCGUGAUUCGUUGUUGUUGUUGCAGGUUAAACCAUCGCAACACUUGAGCCCAGCGAACUUUACCAGUGUCUUGACAGCUAAUGAUAGCCUUUUUAAUCAAGUGAUCGAAGAUGGUGAUCUGAACAAGGCAGCACAAAUAUCCAAUACAAUUCUAGAAGCAAUUGGGCAGGAUUCGUCCCUCAGUGCCGAGAAAAAAACGAAGGUAAUAGUAUUUAAAAAUAACGUUUAUAAGGAUCCGCUCAAAACAGAAAACUACCGGAACCGACGUUCAGAAACUUUCCAUUACUAAUUAAUGUCCUCUUUGACUGAAAUUCAUGUGGCCUUUAAGAGCUUCUUUGGAUUGAAACACCCUAUAAAAGAAAAGGAUAUUAACAGGGUCUCGAGAAAAGGACUACAGUUAAUGCUAACUCAAUCUCAAGCAAUUAUUCAUCCAGCCGCGAUGUUGCCCAGUAGUUUAGUGUAAAUAUACCCUCACACGGUUUUUUAAACUUUUUACUGGGGCCAAUUAGUGGAAAUUCGUCAUCUCGGCUUGGAAGAACGCGGUGAAAUCAAUCAGUUAAGCUGCCAAAACCUUUAAUUGAAACUUGGUAAGUUUAUUAAUUUCAUUUACGGCGCUCUUUCCAGCAGUGUCAAUGGACAUUCGCUUACUGGUUUUUAUCUGAACUUUAAAACACCGUGUAAGGGUCGAUUGAUUCGUGUUAAAGUGUAAUCAGUUUUGUUACUUAUCAUAGAUUCAGGAACUGAUUGUGGGCAAAAUUGCCGCGUUGAAAGUUAAGAGUCUGCCAGACCUGCUGCAGUCGUCUUCUGUGAUUGGCUCAACCAUUCAGGACACUGAAACAACAUCUAUAAAAUCUUUGGUGAGGUAUAAUUUACCUAUGAAGUCCCCAUAAUCGCGCUGCUGAAACAGAGCAGGUCAAAGUAUGUUUUUAUAACUUUUGCUAUUUAUUUCGUAUCAUCAUUCACAGUCUAAAACGUUUGAAUUCGCGCCAGUCCCUCCUCCUUCGCGCUGUUUCUGCCAUCAACUUCAUGUUCAAAAGUAAUAAGUGCUUAAUGGCUACGAUUCCUUAUUCGGUUUCCCCCUGAAUUUUUAUUGUGUUGUUCCUAACUUUUCCAGCAAUCUAUGAGCAGAGCUUCCUUUUGUCUUCUCAUUAAUCGAGAAGGAGAAAAAGAGGCUCUGACUGAAUCGCAUCAAGCCUUUGAAGUCAUCGUAGCCCAAACUUUUGAACUGAUCAAUCUUAUCUUCUCUCGUCAAACUGGUUUUUCAACCACGAGCAUUCUUGUAUUAAUAUAACGAUGAUCAUAACUGAGCCCGCUGUACUAGACGCUCGGCUAUAAGGCCUGGGAACUGUAUCCUAGCAACAAGCAGCGCAUCCUCAACAAAGUUCUUACUCGAUUUCAUUGUUGACUCCAGACCUCACUCUUUUGACUCCGUGACGUUGUCAUGUGCAAGAAAGAAGGGCACUGCAGGGGUGGAGAAUGACUCCCUUUUUGCAGAGUCUUUUUCGAGUACGACAAAAUCAAACAAGCGAAAGAAACGCUCUGCUCGCAGGGCGCUUUUCCAGGUGAAGAAUUCACAACAAUUCGCAACAUCUUGGAAGCGGUAAUUUGUUAGCAGUCCGUUAAAAAACUCGCAGUAACAUUUCUUUCUCUAAACGUUCGCUUUUGUCAGGAAUUCGCCCUACCUGCUAUUGACUCCAUGGCUUCACUGCUCAGGAAUGCUUCCCAGCAGAAACAAACGGACAACAUACCGCUGAUCACCCCGUCAGCAGAAAACUUAGGCUCAUGCCUCAACAACGUUCUGAAGAGUGCAUCAAUGGUCGCAUCAGGAAAACGUGGGUCCAGUCCUCAAGAACAGGUAUUUAUUUUCGUAGUCCAUUACUAGCUGGCGCAGACACGUGGGAAAUCUCAAUGCAGUUCCCCAGCAAAUGUAAUGAUAGUGUUAAUGCUUGAUUGGUAUCCUGUGGCUGUUAUACACAUACUCAGGAGCCUAUGAUUGAAAGUUUGUUCUUGUAAGAUAGCUGUCUUGCUCAAAUUUUUUAUCACUCAUCUGUUGUAAUUUAAUGAUUUAUUUUUACUUUGGCGGAGCGCGAAGUAAAGGAUUCGCGACGCUCAGGAAUGUUCCAAAGUUGGGGACCAGAUUUGGCAUGCAAAGUCUGUAGGGUUUCGGCUUUAUUCGGCUAUUUGGCGAAGUGAGAGCCGAAUUAGUUCGAGAUCAGUUCGAUUUCUUUGUUAUUCGAGGAAGAAAGAAUUACUUUCUUAGAUUGCCCGGGGUUUGAACCGACUCACUUGUGUGACCCAUCAGAUCAGAUGAGACCCUUAGCCGAUUACGCCACUGCGACCCAAGGUAACUUGAGAUCUGAAAAAUAGCUAUAAGUUAUGCACGAGGUACGGGAUAAGUUGGUGACUUUUCGACUUGUUCUUAUUUAUUAUUCUGGCUAGAAAUAUUGACUGCAAAAGUAUUUUGCAGAAAACAUUGAAUCAAUUUGGGCGAGUAGCUUCAAAAUAUGAGCGAAAAUCGAGAUACAAGAGCAAUUUUCAGUGCGUCUCACUGCGACUGAUAUGUCCAUCGCGCCAUAUGUUCUCAAAAGUGCGUUUCAGUUUUGCUUUUUAUCCUGGAAACCUUGUCUUUUUCUCCUGGAAUCUAGCUUGGAAUUCGUUAUCCACCGUGGAAAAAACAAAUUUAUUAGUUUUCCGGUUAAAUUCCACGCCGAUAGAUCAAAAUAUCAGUUUUGUACUACUACCACCCGAAGUAAGCUUAUAAUAAUUUUCACGCGAACUGCCGUGUUUGUGUUUUUUUUUUUCUAAAUCCAGCGGCCGAAAUAAUGCUAAGUAUGCUUUUCAAUACACUUUUAAAUACAACACCACACAAUACACAAAAAAGAAGAAGAAGAAAAGAAGGAACAGAGUAAAGACCUUCACGACGAUAUUCGCGGUGGGUUACCUAUCCAGUUCCUAACCCCACCCGACAGGGCUCAACAUGAGUGGCGCGACCAAAAAAACGAGUUUCGCGAGAGUUAUUGCGAGAUACGUAUUUUUAGUUGAUGUUGCGAUGUUGUACAUUAAUUAUCCUCCGCGUAGAGAUUGUGCAUUUUCAGCAAGUUUUGUAAGGGAGUGUACUGAUGUUAGUUCAUAGUUACGUUGGUGGAGAAGGUGUGGAGUUAACUGUACAUAAGUGAAGUGUUGUUGUAGAGAAGUUAAAGGACGUGGAACUGAGAUCUCGCCAUGCGCAAUUAUUUAUGACAGAAAUUAUAAUCGAAUUGGGUUACAGCCAUGCACCUAGCAGACUUCCGGUGAAGAAGUUAAGACGUCUGUUACACAAAAGGAGAAAAGUAAGGGUAUUUGUAUGGAAGGGUAUCCGGAAAAAUAUCAUUUCUUACUAUUCCUCCGUAUUCACAAUUAAUCCACAACCACGACACCGAAGUGUACGCCCCCAUAGCGUCUUGUUACAAAGAAUUAAAUCCAUUUCUUGGUGCUCGAUUGUCGGCGAUUAUCGUUAGUUGUCGUGAACGAAACCUUACGUAAACUUAAAAACAAGUACAGUGGAACCUCUAUCCAGGGGACACGAUUGGGACCAAGGCAAGUGUAGCCUGAGUAGAGAUGGGCAAAGGUUUGGGCGUCCGCGCGUGCGAAGCGCGCGAUUAGUGGGGACCCAUACCUAAUGGAAAAUGGGAACCUAUCGAUGUCAGAAAAAUUUGGUUCAAAAUUAUCGUGUUCUUGGACGGCCGCCACAAGAGCGAUUUUGGUGAAGUUGGCGAAAAUGGUGAUCUAAUUUGAAUAUUUUGCAACCUCAUGUAAAAUUGAGGCCAAAUUCCCCAUUUUCGUGAGAUUUUCCAUUUUUGUCAACUUCGCGACUUUACGAGGAGUGCCUCUUGUAAUCUCAUUUAAACCUUCGCCAACCCUCGGGCAAUUUUUUGGAGAGAUUCACCCUUUGGCCAUUUUCGCCAAAUUCGUCAAUUUCGUUACUUCUGUAUAAGCCUUUAGCGAAUUUUAGGCAUUUUCGGCAAAUUUGCCAUCUCCUUCAAAAUGGCCGUUGCGAUUUCUCGCCAAAUUCGCCACUUUUUGGCGGGGACUCUUUGCCUCCUCAUUUGACUUGCAGGCAAGGCUUUGGGGAUUUUUCGCUAUUUUGGUCAACAUCAUCAUUUUCGUCAAAAUCACCACUUUCAAAGGGCCUCUUUGCCAUCUCAUUGAAAAUUUUGUUACGACUUUGGCGAAUGUUCGCCAUAUUCGUUGCCAAUUGCAAAUUCGCCAUUUUCGCAAAAUAUCCCACUUUCAUCAAAAUCGCAACUCUUAAUGGGCACCCUUAGCUUUGUUAUAACUUAUUGGCAAACUUGGCGAAUUUUCGCCAUUUUUGCCAUUGGGCGCAUUUCUGGACAUGACUGGAUGAAUCGGGCCUGAACGUUCUAAAAAUGAAAUAGUAAUUGAUAAACGGGCACUUCCUUCUUUAGGGCAAAAGUCUUGUGAAGGAUUCCAUCGGGAUCAUCAACAUUAUUGCAGAUGCCGUGUUAGCAAUGAAAGUUGCAGAUGAAGAAGUGACGCGAAUCAAGACUGCAGAAUUGUCCAUGACAUUUGGACGUCAUACCCCAACUAAACUUCUUGGAUUAUCUAUUGAAGGAGGGGACGGUAGAUUUGUUUUACCAAAUGGAACAUUAGAUUCCAGUACCAGUAACACAACCUUCGUUGACUCUCAAGUAAGUUUUCAUAAAUUCUCUUCCUUUUCAAAAAAUCCUCGAUUAGUUUUUCUCCUUUCGAAUGAGGACUGCCAUCAAAUAAGCUACGUAACCUGCGCAGCUCGAGAGAUCAUCAGUACGUGUAUUGAGGCAGACGAGUUGCAAAGCCGCGCGGAGAAUAGAGAAGAGACACUUUGAUGCGUAGCCUUAAUCUGAAAUGAUUUUCCCUCCUGCUGUUCAAAAUAGAUUACACGUGAGCUACAGUUUGAUUACAGGUAAUGUGCUGCUAUUGCUUUAAUUCUUUCAAAUUUCCAUUUUUUUUUCACAAGUGAAACGCCGAAAACAUUGCAUCGAGGCAGUUUGAGAAUUAAGUCUUUUGUUAUUUUCACCCACGUUAAGCUAAUCUGGAAUCUGGAUCCUGGACAUUUUUGCUUGUGGAGGUUUGGUCAGUUCAUUUAAUAAUGUUAUCCCUAGCGCUUGGAAUCCGGAAUCCACAGCAUGAAAUCCAGAAUCCAGACUAUCUUGGAUUUCCUUACAUAACAAUCUGAAAUACAAUAUAAUGUGUUCAUUACUCUUGAAAAUAGUCUGUAUAUUAUAACGCGUUUUUAAUAUAUACACACUCAGUGAUCUUGGUGAUUCGAGCAAUCUGAUUGGUUCGCUAUCUCGGAGUAUGACGUUAUAUUUACCGCGAUAGGUGGUCAAUAUAAGCAAAACAAAGUCGCUGUCGUGAACUGGGUGUCUUGCCAAAGUCUUUGAGUAAGAAUUUUUUGAAAAUAUAAGAAUAUCUUACUGUUGACGAUUUUGAAGGUAAGAAAAGACUUCAUGGUGUUUAAUCAGUGUGAAUUAUUGUGAUAUGAUUUACUGUAGCUGGCUUUUUACACACUCGAAUCAACGUUUACCACUACAGAGGAAAACGAAGGCGCUUUGUCACUGUUUUGUGAACUGGGGAUUUCCUUGCAAGAGCAACUUUGCCUUAUAAGUAGAAGUUAAUUUUUAGAAAAAAAGGAAGGAAAAUUAUUUUUGAAAAUUGUAUGUGCCAGAAAGUUAAUAAGGUAAAGAACACUGCGUAUAAACAACGCUGACAGAACAAAUAAAGCUCUACCUUUCUACUCAAAAUGGGUAGUAAUUAAAACUUUCGACGUUUUCUUUCACACUAUUGACGGUAAAGCUUACAAAAAAAUAGAAACGUAACUAUGAUAUGCCAUGUUUGAAGACACUGUAAGCAUAACGAUCUAACCGUCACGCAUCUUCUGUUUACGGCUGCAUGUUCGCGCAUGAAUUCACCCUUCAAUCAAACCAAUCGUUUUUAAAUGGUUACCUUUCUAAUUGUGUUGAGAUCACUUCGUGUGUAUAUACUGAACAAUUAUUCACCUCAGGCGCAGUUCAUACUGUUGAACAAGACCGCUCUUAACAUCGGCGUUUAGUCUCGCUUGCUUGGAGACUAGAUAAGAAAUGAGGAGGUGAUUAAUUCUACACGAAACAGGAUUUACACGCAGUUCAUACUGUUGAACAAGACCCCUCUUAAAAUCGGCGUUUAGUCUCGCUUGCUUGGAGACUAGAUAAGAAAUGAGGAGGUGAUUAAAUCUACACGAAACAGGAUUUACUCGCCAAAGGUUUGUCACUUCCUACUUUAUUUUAUCGACGGUCGAGUAUUUCAGGAUAUUUGCAUUUUAUAUCGUAUUCGACGAAAUUUUUCUGGAUUGAUUUAGUACGAGUGUUACUAACGACCGGAAUUACGUCUGGGGUCGCAGGCUAUACGCGUGUAUAGUCACACGAAAAUUCAAGGGCGUCGAUUCGAGAGCAAUUACAUCAUUCCCGGAGAUUAAAAAACGUGAUGAGAACAUGGCGCGUCAUUUCAAUCAUCGCCGAAAAUAAACCGCAUACUCAUCACAAGAUUCAUUUGCAUACAAUGAAAGUUUACAACACCCGACCAGUUACUCUUUUGCUAAUUUAGAUUCGGGCCCCUUCUUUGGAAUGUCUUUCAAAACGACCUACACCUCUCCACCGAUGAAAAUAGGUUAGUCAUGUACGCGGAUGACCACCAACUGUUUUCAGUGGCGAAGACAGCUAACGAGGCGGAAAGCAUUUUAACUGAGGAAGGAAACAACAACUCUAAGUGGUAUAACAACAAUCUUUUGCAACGAAAUUUUUCUAAGUAUCAAGUGAUGAGUCUGGGCCCGAGGAAUUGGCAUAAGGAUUUACACAUCGUGAUUAAUGACACUGUAAUUGAUCAAAAACCAGAGAUAACGCUCUUAGAGGUUACCCUAGUCGAUCAACUAUCAUUUUCGAGUCAUGUAAGCAAUGUUUGUAGAAAAGCCUCCUCUCAAACUGGCGUUCUCCUAAGAUUGCGUAACCCCAUUCCUACAUCUGCUAAAUUGCACAUUAUUAAAUUCGCUGGAUACCCCAUCUCACAUACUGUCAAACUGUCUGGCAUUUCUGUCGUUCUUCUGAUGCCACGAAACUUGAACGAAUUCAAGAACGAGCAUUACGCGCUGUGUACUUUGACAACAAAUCGACGUACGAUGAACUCUUGCAUGGAGCGAAUGUACCAACACUUCAUACGCGGCGACUACAAGCUAUUGCAAUCUUAAUGUACAAAGUAAAAAAUGGCCUGCCGCCUCCCUAUAUUGUGGACUUAUUUGUCGUUACCAAUUCUCAGUAUCAUCUUAGAAAUCAUGAUUUCGUCAUUCCUAGAUUUCGGACUGUUGCUUUUGGCAAACACAGCCUGACCUACCUAGGCCCUGUCAUUUGGUCCAAAUCCGAUAUAAAUAUCCGAUCGUCUGAAUCUUUGGACAUUUUCAAAAAGCGUAUUAAACUGGUUAAUUUCACAAGCCUACUUGACAGCCCUUGUAAAGACUGUUUUUUAUGUAACAACUAAUAACUGAUUUUAUAUUUCAUAUUUUAUUCAUUAUUACAUAUAAUAUUAUUUUAUCGACAAUCAGAUAAGUAAUUUUAGUUAGGUGUCCCCAAUUAGUAUACUUUGUAUGCUAGCGACUUUGACACGAUAAUAAAGUUCCUACUUACUUUGCCUUCGGCAAAUAAUUGUUAAAUGUAUUUCCUUUAGAUAUCGCUAAGAUUCCGAGUAUCGUGAUGUGCAAUGAAGUGUAAUGAAACUUGCUGAAAAUACAAUUAUUUAAGCCAAUGGUUUAUAUGCCAGUGACGUGUCUCAUGCACCAUGUUCAAGUCGUUUUUGUUUGUUUGUUUUGAUUUUUCAGAUACUCUCAGUUCCAUUCAAUCCUUACACAUGGGAUGUCACAAGAGAGCGAGUGGACUCUGAUAUCUUAGCACUGGACUUGAAAGACGACGAGCGUAAACCGAUCAAAGUAUCGGGUCUCAUAAACGACGUCGUAAUUGUUACACCACUGAAACCUCAACAGAUAUCUUUUCAAAUUCGGCAGUAUUUCACCCAGAAUGAUAAUUUACGAUUUCACUUGAUAGAUGUUAAGUACGAAAACACGUUGAUAAUGGUGGAAAUCGCUCCAACUGAUGAAAGUGUGACCCUUUUUGUUUACAUGCGACAUAGUCAACGGCCAACAACACAAGUGUAUGAUUUCAAUGCCACUAUCUCCAAACAGGCAACUUGCAUUUGGUGGAAUACGCAGGAAAAAAGCUUUGGAAGAGCAAAGUGUUUUUCCAACAGAUUUGCAACCGUUCCAAUAGAAACAGUUGCCAGGCAACCUGGAAGGUACUUUCUAGGGAUUAAAAGUGAUGACACCAGUGUGACUUCUCUGAGGAGACAAAAGAGAUCAUGUUUCGGAAAUGGACGUCAAAAGCGAUCAUGUGUGCAAGUGAAGGACCCCCCUCCCACUCCCUCUCAGGGCAAAAAUGUGUCUGUGUUACCCAUGUAUGACCCAGCCAUCUCAAGGAACUAUACUAUGAAGGUGGCCUUGGGGAGCUGUGUGUUCUGGUCAGAAGAGCAGGAAAAGUGGACGGCAAAAGGCUGUCAAGUAAGCAAUAACUGAUGACUGAGCUAUUUUUUUUGAUUGGUGUUGGACCUAGGGUUGGUUGCUAAGUGUAAAUUGUUAAGCCUCGCAGUAAGCAGUAAGGAGCAAUACAUGCAUGCUUUUGCCGUCUCCACUUUCAUCCACGCCAUCUUUUGGCUUCCUAUGUAUCGUUUGUGAUCUUCUGCAGUUGUAUAGUGUAGUUAUUUUCAUAUUUAUUUUGAUCAGCUGGAAAAUUAUAACAUGCCUUAAAUUGCACAACCCAUAAAAGUUCAUUAAUGAACCAAUUUUGAUAUAUUGAAAAAUUCAUAACUUUUAGUUCUCGAGGCUUGAAAGAAUAAUUCAAGAGAAAUCUCCUUGAGGUUCAUAGAUGAAUUUUGUUUGUUGUCCAGAUUCCCCAAGCCUCCGAGCCAAGUAUGAAUUUCAAGAUAUUUCGAAAUUGGUCUAUUGACCUAACAUGGAAACUUGGUUUUAAAUUUUUCACUCUUUAUUCCAUAGGUUUUGUCAGCAACGUUAAAUAGAUUCCUGAACUGUUCAUGUAAUCACCUGACCUCCUUUGGAGGUAGUUUCUUAGUAAAACCCAAUCCCAUCGACUUUGAUCAAGUGCUGAUAGAGUUCAAGAGACUUGCAGAUACAGGAAAUGUCGCAGUUAUUGUAACCGUGGUAGUGCUAUUCCUGUGCUACGUUUUCGUGAUCGUUUUCGUCAGAAAAGCGGAUCAACAAGACACCAGAAAUGUAAGUACUUAUUAGGUAACUUGAAUAAUGCAACGACCACUUGGAAAAACAUUGCAGCGGUGUGAAGGUGGAUCUUAGUGUAAACCAGACCGAGCAAUUAAAAAUAUUAAACCGAAGGCAAGACUCAUCGGACAGCUCAAUUAGAGAAUAGAGAACUCGCUUUCCUAGAGCUCAUCAAAUCAAACAGAGAGGUAUUUUUUUACUACCAUGAAGACAAUUGAACGGCCCUAUAAAAUGAACUGGCUGUACAGUAUUAUUCACAACUAUGUUUUCCAGCCCUCUUAAUUCUUUUAGUGAAGUCUUACUUCGAUAAUAAUGUAUGACUGUGCGAUUAUCAAAACACCAUGCUCUAUAAUCAUCUAUAAUGUAAAUUUAUGCGUAAACGGCAUCGCAGAGGCGCAGAAGAGUUAAUUUUUCUAGUUUCUGGGUUGAUGGUAGGUGGUAGUGCGGAACCUUCAAUUAUGGCUUCGGUGACUCAUUUGACAUAACGGAAUCUAAUCAAAAGCAGGUACCCUUUCAGAUCUCUUAGGAUGUUUUAAUGGAAGCCAAUUUCUUGUUUCUGGCCUUGCAAACAUGAAUAAUGAAAACAAACCAAUGCAAAAACAAAAAAUAAAUUAUACCGCGUUCUCAUAUAGCGUCAUGGUGGCAAUAUCAAUGUUCCACGACAAUGUAACGGCGGCCAUGUUGUUGUUUCAAACCAAUCUUGUUGGAUUGUGUCAAUAAACACUUUCUUUUGUUCCAAAACAUUUAACUAGAUGCUGGUCACGAGAAUGAAAAUGCUUGACACGGGACGAAACUUAACAAUCAAGGGAACAAAAACACACAACACUUUCGUUUUCUUUUUUGUUUUAGAAUGGCUCUCCAGUUGAGCUGCCAACAGGAUCAAACAGUUUGCACGAAUAUGAAAUAACAAUAACAACAGGAGUCUGGAGGAACUCUGGAACAACAGCUAAAGUUGCUAUAGAAAUAUACGGCUCUGAAGAAAGCACCGGGAAGAUUCCGCUCAACGACAUGGAGGAUGCCCCGACGGGCACACUUUUCUCUAGAGGAAAUACCGACGUUUUUGUUCUUAAAGUUGAAAAACCACUCGGUUCUAUUGAAGGGAUGAGGUUUGGGCAUGAUAACUCUGGAAAUAGUCCUUCGUGGUUUCUAGAGGAAAUCAUUGUUCUUGACAAACAAACGCUUUGCUCUUGGACAUUCACGAAUACUCAGUGGCUAGCUCUUGAAAGAGGAGAUGGUAGGAUUGAACGGAUGUUGGAGACAGAACAAAAUAAAAUAGAUUUCAACAGCGAGGUUUUCAAGCGAUGGUGGAAAGGACUCACAGAGAAACACAUAUGGGUCUCAGUUAUAGCAAAGCCAAGGAGAAAUCGCUUCACACGAGUACAAAGGGCGUCAUGCUGUCUUUCACUGCUAUUGACAGCUAUGCUUGCAAACGCCAUGUUUUAUAAACUGGACGGAAAAUCUGAGAAUUUGAUUCAAAUCGGACCUUUGAAAUUCACUUGGAGACAAGUAGUUAUUGGUAUCGAAAGCGCGCUCAUUGUUGCUCCUAUAAACAUUUUCAUAGCUUUCCUGUUUCAAAAGGCUGCCAGAAACGCAGAGAGUCAAACCCGUGUUUGCUUGAAAGAAAAGUUUCUCAUUUACUUCGCCUGGUUUUUAUUCGUUUGUUCAUGUUCUGUUUCAGCGGCGUUUACCAUCUUCUACAGCUUGGUCUGGGGAAAGGAAAUCAGUGAACAGUGGCUGUCUUCCAUGUUUAUCUCUUUCACCGAGAAUGUGGCCAUUACUGAGCCAGUCAAAGUGUUCUUUACCGCAAUAGUACUGUCAGCCAUGAUAAUCAGAAAAAAGAGAAAGAAAGAUGGUAACGAAUACGUAAAAGAGGCUAAAACUCGAACUUCAUCGUCCAAAAAAGGACAUUUAUGGAAGAUGAAGCUGAAAGAAGUAGAGGAGAUGAGAAGGCGUCAGGCGAAAAAACAAAAUAUAUCUCGGUUCUUUGUGGAGUUUUUCAUCUACCUUAUUUUUGUUUUCUUGUUGAUGGUGGUUUGUUAUGGUAGCAGAAAUGAACAUCGAUACAUGAUGACAAAAUCCAUCACAGAAGGACUGCCAAGAUUUGAAACGGUAAGUAAAAUUUCCUUAAAAAUACUGCUGAAGUAUUUUCUCUUUUCUUCUAUGAUUGUUUGCUGGGAAAAACUAUCUUUCCGUUUAGCGGCAGAAAACCGGGAUCAUCGUUUACCAGAUCCUCUAGUUGGGCCUGUGGGAUUAGUCCCUGGUUACCAUAUUUGAGCUAAAAAUAUAUCAGAGGGUAAGAAUUUCAGAACUGCCACUGGAACAUGCCCAAUGGCUGAUUCCCUUUAAUAAGGUAGGAGACUACUCGAAUCGUUUCUGUGGGGAUAUGAAAAGCGCACUGUUUUAGUGGUAAGCAGAAGGGAACGAUUUGGGCCUCUGACGGCUCCAAAACACAGUUUAAUACACCCCGCCCCCGGAAAAUAAGGCCGCGAUUUUCCCUAGUUCAGCCCUUGCAUAAGUAACAAGAAAAAGUAGUCAGAUUCUUUUCGCAGCAAAGAUAUGUUUGCGUAGUUGCUUUGGCUUUGUUGAAGGCUCUAGGGUGUAUGCGUAGAAGGAGAUUACCAAUGUGAACCAAAAACAGAAUAGAUGGCGCCUUUUUUUACAUGCCACUAAUUGACUGAUUGAUUGAUUGAUUGAUUUGCAUUUGUCGUUUUUCCUUCUAGCAUUCUAGAACUCUUUUUUAGCAAAACUAGUACACGAACCACGAAAAUUUUUUGUUCUUUAUUAAUUUUUUCGCUUUUUUGUUUUUGGGAUACCAGGUUUUUAACAAGAAACAGUACUGGAGAUGGGUUAGAAAUGUUUUUUUGCCGGGUGUAUUUGCUGGUAGAUGGUACAACGGACGUUACGAAAAUCAAACCAUGUACAUCGGAAAUAAACGUUCAGUCCUGGUAGGAAUGGCUAGAGGAAGGCAACUUAGAGUUCAACCUGGUGAGUUUGGACAUUUUUUUGAAAAUUAAGCAAAAAACGAAAAAUUUGCGUCAUGUCAUUCUUUUCAAAAUGCUCUCAUAAAGCGCGAAUAAGUGGUCAUUUUCCCCUCGUAUUGGUAAACACCGGUUGUAGACGCAUGCGCAGAAGGAGUGGAAAUGCCACGUGGGACAAUCUCGACCCCUGUGCUUACGCAAUCUGACUCUUGAGAUUGCGAAGUAGGCCAUUUUUCCUAAUAGUUUUGCAUCAUCAUUUUAUAUUCUUGUUGACAGCUUAAUAUGAAUCUGAUACUGCUCUCAGGAACGAUGUGCUUGUUUAUGUUUGUUUGUAUAUGUAAUAAUUGCCAACGAGCAGCCUCGCGAAGACGCGAGGCUGCGAGGCGGCAGCCUAAUAGAGCCGUGCGCGAUUGUUCCAGGGGCAGAAAAAGUCUCGAAUCGAUGUAACAUAGAGUAAUGUAAGGCAACCACGACGUAAUGCAGAACAGAGAAUGCAUUGUUUUCGAGCGAACACGUGAUACAGAUCAGAGAAUCCACGAGCCGUGUGCGUGUUUGUGAGUCCCGUGCUUAUGCUGUCUUCAACCAAUCGUCGGGUGGAUCAUUUCCAUCCUACGCGAUAUCUGUCGCAUUUGCCCGCUGGAAUUUUUUAUUGCAUGCCGCUAAGAAAAAUAAUAACGCUGCCACUGCCCGCGUGAUAUGGCUAUGGGCAUGCGUGAGGUACUGGCCCGGCUGUGGGUUGGUGUAUGUGUGCCCCUUGCUUUAAGUUGCACUAUUUUCAAGGUAAUUUUCGCAUAAUCAAUCGAAUUAAGUUCAAUCUAUUUUUCAUCAAUUGCUGUAUUUCAGGACAUUCAUAAACAAAUUCAACAGCGCGCGCGUAUAGGUAAAAUCUUUGCUCGUUGGCACUUAGCGAUAGCUGUAACUAGUAAUAUAUGUAAAGAAAAAUAAGAGCUUUCUGCUGGCAGAAGAAAAUUUAUGCGAAAAAAGGGGUCGCAUACUUAAGUACGAUAUGAAGGAACUCAGGGAAAAAAUGUAUGUCAAGUUCCUUACUCCAAACCUUGUCAAAAUUUUCUAUACUCAUUUGAUAGGCUCCUUUUCUUUUUAAACAUUUGCAGGGACUUGUGAUGUUUUAAAUUACAUGAAACAUAUGUUUCCUGUUUGCUACGGCGGGUACUUACGCGUAAACGAAGAUAAGACAUCCUUCAGCAAGCCAGGGUGGAAGCCUGUCGACAACUCCACGAAUAAAGACGAACUUUUCCGACUUUGCCCAAAGCCUUGGAGAUACCAAAGUGCCGAGGAUAUGGACACGGUUCCUAAGUGGGGACAGUUCUCGUUUUAUCCUGGAGGAGGUUUCGUGGUCGACUUAGGUUAUGAAAACUCUACAGGCUUUACCGUUAUAGAAACACUACAAAGCAAUGACUGGCUCGACAGGCAAACCAGAGUCAUUAUAUUGGAAUUUUCCUCUUUCAAUCCAUCUGUUAAUUUACUUUGCAUGGCUACGUACUUCUUUGAGGUAGAGGCUUCCGGAUACAGCGUCCCGUUCACAAGAACCGAGGUUAUUUCAUUGGACUCAGCAGGGGCUGGCUCACAACAAUUUUACCUCAUCUGUGUUCUGUUCUUUAUCAUAUUUGUCGCUUUGUACCUCGGAAGAGAGUGCUACAGGCUGUACAAACAACGUUCUCGAUAUUUUAAAUCUUUAUGGGGUUGGGUAGAAAUUUUCCAAGUAAUAUUUUCUUUGCUGGCUGUGGUGAUGUACAUCGUGCGAUCCAAAAAGGCGACCUCUACGAUUCAGAAGCUUCAGAAAAACAUUUACGCAAACCUCAGUUUUCAGGAAGUCAUCACUUGGCUUGAAAUCGAGAACGCUGCUCUUGGGAUUUUAACAUUUAUUGUCACCGCCAAACUUUUGAGACUUAUACGCUUCAAUCAACACGUUGUCGUGCUUUCAAAAACCCUGAAGACGUCUGCGCGACUGUUGUCAUCAUUUACCGUUGUUAUGUUGAUCUGCUUUACUGCCUUUCUGCAUUUCGGGGUUUUGAUCUUCGGGACGGGUUCGAGGCAUUACUCUUCGAUACUCAGAGCUACGUAUUUUCAACUCGAACUGACUCUGGGGCGCGUGAAAGCGAGACCCAUCUAUGAACUAGCAGAAGCCAACGAUACUUUUGGAAGAAUUUUUGCCGUCCUUCUUCUCUUUACCCUGACGAUAAUGGGCAUGAAUUUUUUUAUCGCCAUUGUUAAGAGUGCUCUUAUGAAUGCAAAGGUCUUCGUGACUGAAAAUGAGCUCUAUAACCUUCUGGACGAAGAUUGGAGCCAAAAGGGAGGAGAAAAUAAACGCUUAUUUGACGCUAUAAGUGAACGUAUAAAACAAAUGAGAGGAAAUGAAGAAACAGUGAAGAUGACGAAAAAAGACAUUAGAAAUUGUGUUGAAAAUCCCAACAAAAGAAAAGUGGUUAAUUUUGAUGUCAGUAGCAGCGAAGCAAUUGUAGCAUCAAGAACAAAAAGCGUGGAAAAUUCAACAGAGAAGAAGGUAAUUGCCAACACGAGGAGAAAAUCCUUCGCCCGUAGCGAUGAGCACAGAGUGAAGAAAGAAAGACCGUCACACAAGCAACAGCACCGUAAAGUACGCUUCUCAGAAGACGUUGUUAAACGUCAGUUUCAGAAGCUAGAAAAACAGACACAGUUCCUUCUUCAGCGCUUAGAUAACAUAAUUCAAGGAUAUUCUGACGAAGAAGAAAAAUUCCUGCAGUUAUGUCACGAAGUUGGUUUAGUAUUCCUCCAAAGGAACCAGCACAAACGCAGACCAAGGGACCAAGAAUGA